AUGGCUCCCGAACCUAACCCAGAUCACACAGAGAAGAAGACCCAUCUGAUGGACGCUUCUGGCGCGGAGCGCAAGGACGAGGAUGACACGGCGACCGCCAUCCUCAAGAAGAAGAAGAAGCCCAACCAGCUGAUGGUUACUGAUGCCGUCAACGAUGACAACUCCAUCAUCGCCCUCUCGAACAACACCAUGGACACUCUCCAGCUGUUCCGUGGCGACACCGUCCUCGUCCGGGGCAAGAAGAGAAAGGACACCGUACUUGUUGUCCUUGGUGAUGAUGACCUCGAUGAUGGCAGCUGUCGUCUGAACCGUGUGGUGCGACACAACCUGCGUGUGAAGCACGGUGACAUUAUCACCAUCCACGCCUGCCCCGACAUCAAAUACGCCAAGAGAAUCGCCGUCCUGCCGAUCGCCGACACCGUCGAGGGUCUCACCGGUUCUCUGUUCGACGUUUUCCUUGCCCCAUAUUUCCGAGAGGCUUACCGGCCAGUCCGUCAAGGUGAUCUUUUCAUUGCCCGUGGAGGCAUGAGACAGGUCGAGUUCAAGGUCGUCGAGGUCGAUCCCCCAGAGUACGGUAUUGUUGCCCAGGACACAGUUAUUCACUGUGAGGGCGAGCCCAUCCAGCGGGAUGAGGAGGAGAACAACCUCAACGAAGUGGGCUACGAUGACAUCGGUGGAUGCCGAAAGCAGAUGGCACAGAUUCGUGAGAUGGUUGAGCUUCCCUUGCGACACCCACAGCUGUUCAAGUCCAUCGGCAUCAAGCCCCCUCGUGGUGUGCUUUUAUUCGGCCCCCCGGGUACCGGUAAGACACUGAUGGCUCGAGCUGUCGCCAACGAAACUGGAGCUUUCUUCUUCCUGAUCAACGGCCCUGAAAUCAUGUCAAAGAUGGCCGGUGAAUCAGAGUCGAACCUGCGAAAGGCCUUCGAGGAGGCUGAGAAGAACUCGCCGGCUAUCAUCUUUAUCGACGAGAUCGACUCGAUCGCUCCCAAGCGUGAGAAGACAAACGGCGAAGUCGAGCGUCGUGUUGUUUCCCAGCUUUUGACCCUCAUGGACGGCAUGAAGGCUCGGUCCAACGUCGUUGUCAUGGCGGCCACCAACCGACCCAACUCCAUCGACCCAGCUCUCCGUCGUUUCGGUCGUUUCGACCGUGAGGUCGACAUCGGUAUCCCCGACCCAACUGGCCGUCUCGAGAUCCUGCAGAUCCACACCAAGAACAUGAAGCUCGGAGACGACGUGGACUUGGAGCAAAUCGCUGCUGAGACCCACGGUUACGUCGGGUCUGAUGUUGCUGCCCUCUGCUCGGAAGCCGCUAUGCAGCAGAUCCGUGAGAAGAUGGAUCUGAUUGACCUCGACGAGGACACCAUCGAUGCUGAAGUUCUUGACUCUCUUGGAGUCACCAUGGAGAACUUCCGAUUUGCUCUUGGUGUAUCCAACCCAUCUGCCCUGCGCGAGGUCGCCGUUGUCGAGGUGCCCAACGUCCGCUGGGAAGACAUUGGUGGCUUGGAGGGCGUCAAGCAGGAGCUCAAGGAGCAGGUGCAAUACCCUGUGGACCACCCCGAGAAAUUCCUCAAGUUUGGCAUGUCUCCUUCUCGCGGUGUGCUCUUCUAUGGUCCCCCAGGUACGGGUAAGACUAUGUUGGCCAAGGCCGUCGCCAACGAGUGCUCGGCCAACUUUAUUUCCGUCAAGGGCCCCGAGCUGCUAAGUAUGUGGUUCGGUGAGUCCGAGAGCAACAUCCGAGACAUCUUUGACAAGGCUCGUGCCGCCGCGCCGUGCAUUGUCUUCUUGGAUGAGCUGGACUCCAUCGCCAAGGCUCGUGGUGGGUCAGUGGGUGACGCCGGUGGUGCCUCGGACCGAGUUGUCAACCAACUUCUGACUGAGAUGGAUGGCAUGACUUCAAAGAAGAACGUUUUCGUCAUUGGUGCCACCAACCGACCAGAGCAGCUCGACCCUGCCCUGUGCCGUCCUGGCCGUCUGGACUCCCUCAUCUACGUGCCUCUCCCCGAUGAGGCCGGUCGUCUUGGUAUUCUUCAGGCUCAGCUCCGGAAGACACCAGUGUCAUCCAACAUCGACAUUGCUUUCAUCGCCUCCAAGACUCACGGCUUCUCCGGUGCCGAUCUGGGCUUCAUCACGCAGCGUGCCGUCAAGUUGGCCAUCAAGGAGUCCAUCGCUCUCGAUAUCGAGCGCACCAAGGCCCGUGAGGCUGCUGGCGAGGAUGUUGAGAUGGAGGAUGAUGCCGAGGAUCCCGUCCCUGAGCUCGAGAAGCGUCACUUCGAGGAGGCUAUGCAGAUGGCCCGCCGUUCCGUCACAGACGUCGAGAUCCGCCGGUACGAGGCUUUUGCUCAGCAGAUGAAGAACGCCGGCCCUGGUGCGUACUUCAAGUUCCCUGAGGCCGACUCCGCCGCCAACAACGCGGCGGAUUCCUUCGGCGAUGCUGGCAACGAUGAUGGUCUGUAUGACUAA